AUAACCAGGAAGAGAAUAAAAUAGUAGUCUUUCUCUGCAUUUCUAGAGAAAGAGAACUUGGAACCGGAAACUUGGGAAUAGUUGACUGACAAAGUCCUAGAGAGAAAGCAAAAUAGACAUGAGGGGAAGGCAAAAAGGAAGAACAAAAAAAGGAGGAAGAGAAUAAAAGAAAGGGAGGGGGCAGGAAGGAGGAAUAUAGAAAACGAAAGCUAAAUAACGAAACGGUGCCAGAGCUGAAAAGAACUUCAACAAAAUCAGAGGGAAUUUCCCAGCAAAAGCCUAGGUCUUAUAGAAAACAGCAGUUUUAUAGCUGAUGAUUGUCCCCUCCUUUUCCUAGAGGAAGUUUAGUCACUUUCAAUAUCCUUUGAGUAAACAGCUUUCAGACCAGAUGUGAAGUGGAGAGAGGGGACCAAAAGUGAGGGAUCAUGGCUGAUGGGAAUACCAAGAAAACUACAUUAAAGGCUUUUGAGUUACUGGGAAAGAACAUAAUCAACAGUGUUUUAGAUGAUUUGCUGGAAAAAGAUAUACUGAAGUUGGAGGAAGAUGAACAAGAGGAGUACCGUAAGGCUCAAAUUGAUGCUAAAGCUGAAAAGAAAGCUAGAGUUCUAUUAAAUUCUUUGACUCGAAAAGUCCGCAGUGCAGGUCAAGUGUUGGCCAGUAGCCUGAUUAACAAAGAUGAACAGGAUGACAGUGAUGAGGAGUCUUUGUCUUCUGCUUCUGCAGCAAGCCAGGUUGUGCCAGCUGAGCCCACAAAUACACUCAAGCUUUGUUCUCCAAAAGAUUUCCAAAAGCAGAGGAAAGAAAGGGGAGCAGAGAUAUACCCAAUAAAGGAGAAGGAAGGUCGUACACGGUUGGCCCUCAUCAUCUGUAACAUAGAAUUUGAACAUCUCUCUGAGAGGACUGGGGCUGAACUUGACAUUCAAAGGAUGAAAAUCCUUCUUGAAGAGCUAGGAUACAAUGUGGUUAUCCUAAAGAACCUCACAUCUUUGGAAAUGGAAUCAGCUUUGAUGGAUUUUGCUGCCCGUUCUGAGCACAAAACAUCUGAUAGCACUUUUGUUGUGUUCAUGUCUCAUGGUAUUCUGGAUAACAUUUGUGGGAAAAAUCAUCAGACUGAGAACCCAGAUGUGCUCGCUUAUGAUACUAUUUUCAAAAUUCUAAACACCAAAAAUUGCUUCAAUCUGAAAGACAAGCCCAAGGUCAUCAUAAUUCAGGCUUGCCGUGGAGUGAAUCGUGGGCAUGUGUGGGUGAGUGAAGCCCCAGAAAUCACUGAACACAGUGAAAAUCAACAGCAAGUCUUUGAGGAGGAUGCUGUCUGGAAGACCCAUUUAGAAAAGGACUUCAUUACUUUCUGCUCUUCAACUCCACAUAACAUUUCUUGGAGAGACAUUGAAAAUGGAUCCAUCUUCAUUACAGAACUCAUCCGUUGUUUUCAACAGUAUUCUUGGUGUUGCCACAUAGAAGAAAUCUUCCGAAAGGUUCAGAAUGCAUUUGAAACUCCCAAAGUUAAGGCCCAAAUGCCCACCAUUGAAAGACUAUCCAUGACAAGAUAUUUCUACCUCUUUCCAGGAAACUAAACUUUGAAAAUACAAGUAACCAGGACUUUAUGUAUCCACUUAUUUCAGAAGUAAUAUUUCUGAUAAUGUUCUGAUAUUCAACAUAUGUAGGCAACUAAUAGAUAAAUAUGAAAUCAAAGUCAUUUUCCUGUGGAUAAUUCUUAAGUCACUCACCAAGAAGAAACUAAACUAAUCAGAACCACAUGAACAACAUUGAUCCAAAUCAAACAUAAGAUAAAUGUAAAACACUGUUUUCCCUAAUACCCAUAAAAUGAAUAAAAUUUAUAAAAAUGUUAAUAGUCAAUAUUGGAAGCAUUGUGGAAAGAUCAACAUUUGCAUUUUUGGUCAAGAUGUGAAUUAGUCUAGCAUUUUUGGUGAGUAGUUUUGAAUUAUAAAAAUUAAGUGACGAAAAUGGCCAUACUCCUAUAUACAGAACCUCCAGUACUACUUGGUUGGUUGUUAUUCUUUGUUCUCAAAUGACAUCACCAUAUUGAAAUCAAAGUAGAGUGAGUCUGGCUGUGGUUGAUUAGACCAAAACCAAAUAGUCUGUAUGAACAUGAGGAGGAGAGAUGUCUCUAAAUUCACGAAUCUCAUGUUUCUUUUGAACUACUGGAAUUCUUCUUUGCUCAUAGAGCACAGAACCUUCUUUAAUAUGGGCACACCUUAUGCAAGGUGGCAUUUUGCUGCUGUCUCUCAUGGUUCUCAGUCAUUUCCAAAUGUUCUUCAGAGAGACCUUGAGAGUGCCUUGUAUAGCUUCUUCUGACUGCCAUGUGCUUGUCUUGUGUAAGUGUGCUAGGUGAAGUGACUAGAGCCAGGAGAAUAUUGUAUAGAGCAACAUCAUGAUUAUAUAGUGAUCAAUUCUGAUGGACAUGGCUCUUUUCAACAAGGAGGUGAUUCAGGCCACUUUCAAUGGACUUGUGAUGAAGAGAGUCAUCUGCCCUCAGAGAAAAGGCUUUGGGACUGAGUAUGGAUCACCACAAAGUAUUUUCACUUUUGUUGUUGUUUGCUUGCAUUUUGUUUUCUUUCUCAUUUUUUUUCCUUUUUUAAUCUGAUUUUUCUUGUAUCACAUGAUAAUUUUGGAAAUAUGUAUGGAAGAAUUGCAUAUGUUUAACAUUUAUUAGAUUAUUUGCUGUCUAGGGAAGGGGGAGGGGGAAGGAAGGGGAAAAUUGGAACACAGUUUUUGCAAGGAUGAAUGUUGAAAAUUAUGUGUACAUAUAUUUUGAAAAUAAAAAAAACUUUAAUAAAAAAAGGAAAAAAAAGGGUUUUUAAAGGAAAUAUGUGCUAGGUGUAUAUUCCCAGGAAGUUAAAAAAAAAUAACCACAUAUACUAUUAUAUUUAUACAGCUUUUUGUGGCAGCAGAAAAAAAAAUGGCAAGAUAGAUGCAUAUUAGUUGCAAUAAAGAUAAACAAAUUAUGCUACAUGAAUGCCAUGAAAUGUGAUUGUACUAUAAAUAAACAUAUCAAUAUAGAAAAGAAUGAAAAAA